AUGGCUUCCGCCGCUGCCCAGACGUCGAAUCAGGCGAUUCUCCAGAAGUACAUGGCCCUUGACCAGAAGGGUCAGAUCAUGGCCGAGUACAUCUGGAUUGACGCCGAAGGUAACACCCGAUCCAAGUCAAGGACACUUCCUGCUCAAGAGGGCGGCUACGAGCCCAAGGACCUGCCAGUCUGGAACUUUGAUGGUUCCUCCACUGGCCAAGCCCCCGGCGACAACUCGGAUACCUACCUCCGCCCCAUCGCCGUCUUCCCUGAUCCUUUCCGCCUACAAGACAACAUCCUCGUGCUGACUGAGUGCUGGAUGGCCGAUGGCACUCCCAACAAGUUCAACUACAGACAUGAGGCUGCCAAGCUGAUGGAGACGUACGCCUCACACAAGCCCUGGUUCGGUCUUGAGCAGGAGUACACCCUGCUCGACCUCAACGACCGCCCAUUCGGCUGGCCUCAGGCUGGUUUCCCUGCUCCCCAGGGCCCCUACUACUGUGGUGUUGGUGCUGGCAAGGUUGUCCAGAGAGAUAUUGUUGAGGCACACUACAAGGCUUGCUUGUACACUGGUGUCAAGAUCUCUGGUACCAACGCCGAGGUCAUGCCUGCCCAGUGGGAGUUCCAGGUCGGCCCCUGCGAGGGUAUUGAGAUGGGUGACCACCUCUGGCUCGCUCGCUUCCUCCUCAACCGUGUCGCCGAGGAGUUCGGUGCCAAGGUUUCCGUUGACCCCAAGCCCAUGCCUGGUGACUGGAACGGUGCUGGUCUGCACUCCAACUACUCCUCUGUCGAGAUGCGUGAGGAAGGUGGUAUGAAGCACAUUGAGGCUGCCAUCAAGAGGCUGGAGGGCCGCCACCUUGAGCACAUUGCCGUCUACGGUGAGGGUAACGAGAAGCGUCUCACUGGUAAACACGAGACUGGUGCCAUGGACAAGUUCACAUACGGUGUCGCCAACCGUGGCGCAUCAAUCCGUAUUCCUCGCGAAACCGCGGCCAAGGGCUACGGUUACUUUGAGGACCGUCGCCCAGCGUCCAACGCUGACCCGUACCGUAUUACUGGUAUAAUCAUGGAGACUCUAUACCAGUAGAGAGGUAGAGAAUGGAGUAUGCGGUUUUGGAUGAGAUUUUGCGACGGAAUUUGGGGAGAAAAACACCUUGAGAUUGAUUCCGAUACCCUCUCUCUCUCGGGACGACUUGAUGAACUUUUGAUACUGGGCCACUGUCAUAAGUCUUCUACAGCUGUAGAAUUAAUGGAGCGCCAUAGAAAUGUAUAUCCUUUUUCACCACUGCAUGACUUUACUUUUGCCACACAAAUUGCCUGGACAGUUUGAAAUCAUGGAGCAUGAGGUCCGGUGAUGAAAUUUAUUUAUAGACUGAUGGGGUCAAUACUGACUCAGUGCGUUCCUACACAGGCAGGG